UCAAUCGUAAUUUUUAGUCAUCCCGCGAACGCGAUUUUUUUCUAAUAAAAUCGAGCUGUUUUCGUUUAAAAAAGAUAAAAUCUUUCUUUUCGUACACAGUGUUAUGAUAUUAAAUGAAAUUUGAACCAUGCAACAACCAACUGAAAACUGUAUGCAGGAAAAAAAUUUUCUGUUUGAAAGAUCAGAUUUGAAUCGACAAACUUCCAGGAUGUUAUUUGGAAAAUGGAAAUUUGGGCAAGUGAAAUAUUCUAAUUCGUCAACAAAUUUGUUUUCACAGACCAAUUUAUUUCGUAAACAAUCAUUCGAAAAUACAUUCGACUCGUUUGUUACACCACCAAUGGAUAAAAUAUGUAUAACAACGCCAAAGGCACCAGUCAAGUAUAAAAAGCAAAUUAAGAAGGGAGGUUUAAGGCCAAAAAAGUUACAUUACACCGACGAUGAAUUGGAUGCCAUAGAUAGCGGCGUUUAUAUUCAAUGUAACCAAUCAAAUGAUAUGUUUCACAAACAACGUAUGGCAAAAUGCAAUAGAUUCGAUUCUUCGCAGAGUCAAAUACAUAGAUUACGCGUGAAAUUAGACAAGAUUAAGGUACAAACGAACGAUAAAGAAAACGAUAAAAAUGUUAUAGGAAACAACAAAAACAAUGUAGUACAAGAAUCUCCUGUAGUAUUCAAUCCAAAUGCAAAAAUAUUAUCACAAUGUGACAAUAAUCUUAAUUGGAAAGAAAAAUUAUAUUGGCUACAGCCUAGAAGGGAUGUUGGCGUAUGGAUUGAAUGCUGUAGAAAAAAAUGUAAAAAAUGGAGAUACGUUGAAGAUUAUCAUGAUCCAGUAGAUGUGCCUAAAAUAUGGUAUUGCGAAAUGAAUUCUGACAAAUUGAUGGCAUCUUGUGAUAUAGCAGAACGUCCUACAUCAUGUAGCAUCAAGACUGAUUUAAUUGAAAAUGCUUAUAACGCAGGUAGCAUUGUUUGGGCAUACGUCAAAGGCUACCCAUGGUGGCCUGGUAUUAUUAACGACUGUCCUGAUACUUGCACAUUUUAUAAAUUACCUAAAAAUUCCUCUAAACCUAGCAAAUACUAUGUCACAUUUUUUAAUGAAGAAAAACUUGAAGCUAAUUGGAUUCUGAAACGAAAUCUUAAACCACUUGCAACAAAUAAAUAUAGUACACUUAUUAAAAAGACAAAGUUUAAUGGAGUCGAUUACCAACAGCUCUUACAAAAAGCACACGAAACAGCUACAGAUGCUCUUGCAUUAUCAAUUUUAGAAAGGUUAAGAAGAUUCAGCUUUUUGGCAUUAUAUGAAAAAUUUUAUGACAUUAAUAACAAUUCAACACAAUUAAUUAGCAACACUACCAGAACCGAUAUUUUAUCAGAAAUGGAUACAAAUUCAGAUGAUGAAAUAUCCUGUUCACAUCCCAUAAACAAGCAUUACACUUUGAAAGAAUAUUAUUUAGAAGUGAUAUGUAAAAAUCGAAACGCAUUAAGUAAUGUUGCGAAGUAAUUUUUAUCGUAAAUUCAAAAACAAUAAAUAGAUUGAUGUUAUAAAAUAAAUGAUUAAUAUGUACGUAUGUUCAUUGCAGUCAAACAAUAUUUGACAUAAUAGUAAUUAUAUAUUGAAUAUAUUUGUAGUAUAUAAUUUCUUACAUUGUCCAAAUCAUAUAAAAUAGAAAAUAUAACUUGCAAAUUUGUUCUUAUAAAUUGCUCUUCACGUUCUUACGUAUUUUGUAUCGGAUACAAAACAUAUGUUUAUGGUUAUAAAAUGAUCGAUUUGCUUACCGACUUGGCAUUUACCAAGCGA